AUGGACUACCUCACUGCAGGACCAUCAACUACCUCACUGCAUGGACCAUGGACUACCUCACUGCAUGGACCAUGGACUACCUCACUGCAGGACCAUGGACUACCUCACUGCAGGACCAUCAACUACCUCACUGCAUGGACCAUCAACUACCUCACUGCAUGGACCAUGGACUACCUCACUGCAGGACCAGCAACUACCUCACUGCAGGACCAUCAACUACCUCACUGCAUGGACCAUCAACUCCCUCACUGCAUGGACCAUGGACUACCUCACUGCAGGACCAUGGACUCCCUCACUGCAUGGACCAUGGACUACCUCACUGCAUGGACCAUGGACUACCUCACUGCAUGGACAAUGGACUACCUCACUGCAAGGACCAUCAACUACCUCAAUGCAUGGACCAUCAACUACCACACUGCAUGGACCAUGGACUACCUCACUGCAGGACCAUCAACUACCUCACUGCAGGACCAUGGACCACCUCACUGCAUGGACCAUGGACUACCUCACUGCAGGACCAUGGAGUACCUCACGGCAGGACCAUCAACUACCUCACUGUAG